AUGUCUGGUACGCCGUCCAUCAGGAUAUCCCAACACCAGCGCGUCGCCAGUCCGUCGCGCUACCCUCCCUAUCCCAUCCCCUCCCUGGGACCAAUGGCCAUACCGAGAGCACAAGAAGCUGUGCCGCCGCCCUUGCCACCGCCCAACUACAUACCUGAUAUCGCGGCUGGCCAUGAUCCAGGCUGGCAGUGGGGCAACGAUCCAAAUGGCUCGGACUUCGGAAGGCCAGCCUCUGUGAGACCUGGGAGCAGCCUGCUGGGUGGAGGCUUCAUGAAGGGCUUCAGGCAGGAGAAAGAGCACGGUUAUCCUUCAUAUCCGUCUGUCGCAGAUGCACGGAGAGGCAGCUCGAUAUCAACGGUCACUGCAAUGCGGGACACGCAGGACAACAUCGAGAGUGCUUCGACACCUAGCGAUGACGGAUGUUCUCUAUCCAGGCCAUCCUCAAACUACAGAUUGCACGGCGAAAAACAGCUUGAGCAACGUACUUUGGAGUCGUCUUCCAACACAUACGACAAACAGCUCCUGAGUCGAAUAGGCGGACCAAGUGCAGGCCUCAAUACUCCAAAGCGCACAUCUUUGUCGUAUGCUCUGCCAAGUGUACACGAGACUGCUCAGCUGGCGCAUGCUGAAGCUGAACGACGACAUGGACAGCUGCGACCGCUCUCGAUGCCAGAGAGACAACAGACUUUGCUGGACUCUCCCGCUAGCUCGCGUUGGCCCUCUUCUGGUGCCGUUUCUCCAGGAUAUACGGCGGGUGGCUUUUGGUCGGAGCACGGUCCCCCUGAAACCAGCCGUCUUCACACGUCCUACACACCACGCCGUGGUAGCCUGGCAUUCGACGACAGCAUCUCCCAACGUGGCAGCUAUGAUCAAUCUAUGUUCAUCCAGGGCGACUUGAUGGAAGAUGAACCUAUGAGCCAUCUCAAUCUUCACGACCGCAGUCCAGGAUCCUCGGAAGAUUUCCAGCUGAACGCCAGGGCUGGUACGAAGAGACGUGCAUCUUCGCCGCCACGGGACGCAUCACGGGAGGAACGCUCUUCAGGCAGCAGUGCCUCGGGCCACAACGAUCUCUAUCACCGGCGCUCAAUCCAGCAGCUCCCGAACAGAGGUUCACCGGUAUCUCGUUUCCACCCAAAUCACUCAUCGCUGUCAUCGUCAUCAUCGUUAGGACCGCGUCAGAACUCAUUCGGAUCCUCGCUCGGUGUGUCCAGCAUGCCAAGUAGUGCCACGAGCUAUGGAUCAGGGCGUCUAUCACUGGGUGGAUUGUCGCCCUGCUACGAUUCCCAUUCUGAACAUCGUCUAAGCAACGCUAGUAGUGUCAGUCUUGUGUCACCAGCUUUACCACGGCCUAAACACCAGCGGACUGUCUCAGAGAGCACACAAGGAGGUGUACCAAGCGCACACAUGACCCCUACAGAGAGCGCUUCUCAUUCCCGCAACGGAAGCAUUUCGCAGUUGCCGGGCGUCUACAUCUGCGAAUGCUGCCCAAAGAAACCCAAAAAGUUCGACACUGAAGAUGAGCUGAGACUUCACGAAUCUGAAAAGCAAUACACUUGCGCUUAUUGCCCCAAUCGCUUCAAGAACAAGAACGAAGCCGAACGUCAUCAGAACUCAUUACAUCUUCGACGCCACUCCUGGAGCUGUGCAUCCCUCGCUGGCGUCGAAGCGGCGUAUCAUGCAUCGACAUCAGGCAACAACGCAGACGUCUGUGGAUACUGUGGUGACGAGUUCCCUAAUCCACCCCAAUGGGAUGUCCGAGCAGAACACCUCAACCAUGUUCACAAAUUCGGAGAAUGCAACCAAGCCAAGAAGUUCUUCAGGGCGGACCACUUCCGACAACAUCUCAAGCACUCACAUGCUGGCACCAGCGGGAAGUGGACCAACCAGCUUGAGAUUGCCUGCAUGAAAGACGAACCUUUGCCGGAGAAGCGUGUCAGCGUUUCGGCCCAAGCUCCGCCUACCCUCAUGAUCAGCACGAGCAUACCAGGUCAAUCUGGCGAAAGUGCGAGAGUGGAGGAGGCAAGCUAA